AUGGCUCACACGACGGCCAGGAGCCUGCUAGAGCUCGUUAAACAUCACGGUGUUGUGCGAGAGGCGCACCUCGCGGAGCUGCUCGCCUCCGAAACGGGCGGCAGGCCCGAGGUGGACCGUGCCGAGGAAUGCGCCGCUCGAAGGGGCCUCUCUAGGGUGCUGGCCUGCAUCCAAGGAUGCGAUGAGGACGCACUGAUCCGGAUCAUGGGCAGCGGCGGCAAGGGUGGAGGCCCUCCUGUGCCGCGCGUGAUGGUGCUGGCCCUGCUGCACCUUGCCGCCCAGCUGCAGCACCAGAAUGGCCACAGCACAUUUGGCGCGCUCGCCGCGCACAGUCCCUUCAUGGCAGCAUUCGAGGCCGAGAUGCAUAGCGCCCGGCGCCUCGUGGCUGGCGCCCACAAAGAGCUGCUGGCGCGCCUCGCGGACCUCGGCCGGCAGCUGCCCCCCACAGUCAGCGCCGCGGUCACGUGCGCGCCGCCGAGCAGCACGGUAGCGGCGGAGGUCGCGGCCUGCGCCGCCCUGCGCGCCGCUGCUGACAGGGCGGCCUCUGACCUGGUGGCCCUGGACGACCUCACACGCAGCGCCGUGCAGUCCAUGGCGCGCCUGGCAGCAGCAUACGAUAACGCACUGCUAGGGGCGGCAGCGGCCACGGCCCACAUGUGCAGGGACAGCGGGGAGGACGGCGAUGCAGCCUCGCCUUGUAGCUGGCAGCAGCAGAGACAGCAGCAGAGGCAGCCUUGGUGGCGGCGGUGGCAGCAGCCGAGGCAGAGGCAGGAGGGGAGCGGCAUGCUGGACGGCGCACCUGUGACUGCAGUGGUGUCGCAUUCUGCUCCUGGUCAGCAGGGCAAGUACGUUGCAGGCGUGGCCCCAGACGUCUACCACCAGGCCGCACACAGAAUCAUCACAGGGGGCGGUGCUGCUGCGUCAGAGCCAGCGCUCUGGGCGCUCUCCGCACUGCACGCCCGCAUCCGCCACCGCGAAGCUGCGGCGCUGGAGGCCGCUGCUGCCGGGGUCGACGGGAGCGGCCAAUCGGCGGAGCCUGCAAGCACGACGGGCGCAGCGGAGUGGAAGGCCCCGGACAAGUUCACGCGCUCCACCACCAAGUACUGGGUGCGCCCUGCCCACGUGCUGCGCGUCAAGGCGGCCCUCUGCCGCCACCUGCCACUCCUGGUCUACGGCGCCAAGUCACCGGUACACCAGGGAGACAUUGACAGCCCUGCGGCCAUCCAGGCUGGCGCCGGCGCCGGCAGCACCCUGGUGUCCUCAGUGUACUUUGACUCUGAGGGGCUGGCCUCGUACCACGCUCGCCUCGCCAAGGAGGACGGGGCACGCGCUGUGCGCAUGAGGUGGUACGGGCCGCGCCGCCCAAAUGAUGGCGGCCAGACCGUGUUUGUGGAGCGCAAGACUCACCGCGAGCCCUGGACGGGGGAGCGCAGCGUCAAGGAGCGUGCGUCGCUGCGCCAGGAGCAGGUGGCACCCUUCCUGUGUGGCGCCCUGUCUCCCUGUGACCUGGGCAAGGGGUCCAAGGCCCAGCUGCUGACAGAGGUGCAGCAGCACCUAGCACGGCUGGAGCAGGGCCCGUCUGUGCGGACCGAGUAUGUGCGCAGUGCGUGGCAGGCGUACGACAGCGCUGCUGUGCGCGUGUCCCUGGACGACCACAUGCUGCUGCUGAGGGAGAGGGGGGCUCACAAGGCACCCGGGGACUGGUGCGCCGCGCUGGAGACUGCUGGUGCCCUGCCCGGCGGGGAUGCGGUGCGCUUCCCCUACAGCGUCCUGGAGAUCAAGCUCGCCUCAGACAUCAAGCCAGCCUGGAUCAACGAGCUGCUGGCCAGUGGUCUGCUGGUGGAGGUGCCCCGCUUCUCAAAGUUCCUACACGGGUCUGCGCUGCUGUUCCCCGCGGCCUGCGCCACCACGCCCCCCUGGUUCCUGCCUGACGAGCUGGACUGCGGCCGCUUCACGCCCGCCACGGCCAAUGAGAUGGAGGUCCGGGGGGGCUGCCCGCGGUGCUGGGUCGGCUGCGAUGGCGGGGAGGCCGAGGCCAUCCCACCCCCUCCAUGGCUGGUGCUGCCGGGCUCCUCCGGGGCCCCCUUGGGCCCAAGCAGCGCCCUACUGUCCGCCUCCACCGGGAACGACGUGCGUCUGGGACCACUGUCCCUGCACAGCCGCCUCAAGAUCUUUGUGCGCCGCGGGCGGCCUGCACCAGCUGCUGCCCCUGGCGCCAGCCUGUCCAGCUUCACUAUCCAGGCCGCCUCCAACGGGUUCAGCGGCCGCACUGCCACCAGCUGCGGCAGCCUCGACCACCUGGUGCUGCCAAUACUGGGGCCAGAGGACAAGGAGGAGGGCGCCAGCGCUGACGCAGCACAGCCUGCGGGCCCGUUGGAGGUGGCAGCCUUUUCUGGGGGCGCAGCGUCGCAGCAGCUGCAGCUGGCAGGUCAGGGGGGCCUGCAGGGUGCACAGCAGGCCAUCCCAGGGGCUGUUGGGGCCGCGCCGCAGCAGCAGGAGGGGAGUGCCGCACCGGCCUCUGUGGCGAUCAGCAUUGAAGAGCUCAUGGCAGAGAUGCCACUGCUGUCCCCCAACAGCGGCAGCCGCGGCGGCAGAAGAGGCCUGGAGUCUGCUGGCACCAACGGGCUCAUGUGUGGCGACACAGCGUCAGCCGGCGAGCACGGUGGGCGAGACCAGGCGCCGGCCGCUGUUACCACCGCAGCCGCCAAGCAGCAAGCGGUGGUGGCAGCGUCGGCCUCAAAGGGGGCGUGUGAAGCGGACGAGAGGCUCAGCACCAGCAGCGGCGGCACAUCCGGGGACGUGCGCGGCGGCGGCCGCGGCGCCCGGCUGCUGCGCGGGGCGCGCGUCAUGAUCGCACGGAAGACGCGCCUCCUGGGCGGCCGGCGUGGCGGCGGCGGUGCUGCAGGGGCUGCAGGGGUUGGUGCGCUUUGCGCUCCCGUGUCUGGCAACCAGCGCGAGCCGAACAACAGCACCGCCGCACGCGGAUCCAACGACCACCUGCAAGGCUUCACGGGCAAGACGCCGCGCUCUCAGCAGCUGGUGCGCGCACGCAUCGAGCCCAAGACCUUCUUCGCCAACGAGCGCACCUUCCUGCAGUGGCUCAACAUCAGCGUGCUGGUGGCCAUGACGGGGCUGGGCCUGCUGACGGGGUCCUCAGUCAUGGACGCGUCAACGGGCUCCUGCUGGGACAGCGCCCUCUGCAGGGCCAGCAGGGUCUCUGGUGCGGCCAUUGCCCCCACCAGUGUGGUGAUGAUGGGCUAUGCGCUGUACAUCUACAAGAAGAGGGCGGCACAGAUACUCGCCAGGGAGGCGGUGCGCUACGACGACCGCUACGGCCCUGCGGCUCUGACAGUGCUGCUGCUGGUGGUGGUCACGCUGGCCAUCGUGCUGUCGGCCUCCUCCCUUGGAGGGUGGGGGACGCCCGGCGGCGGCGGGGCAGGCGGCGGGGAUCACGCAGUGACAGGGCACGGCAGCGCUGGCGGAGGCCUGGGUGCGCCGAAAAGCCUGGCGGGCUGA